GUAGGCCACACGUAUAAUCCCAGCACUUUGAGAGGCGAGGCGAGCAGAUCACUUGAGGCCAGGAGUUUGAGAUCAGCCUGGCCAAGCUAGUGAAACCCUGUGUCUACUGAAAAUACAAAAAUGAGCCAGGCUUGGUGGUAUACAUCUAUAAUCCCAGCUACUCGGAGGCUGAGACACCGAAUCACUUUAACCCAAGAAGUGAAGGUUGCAUGAGCCAAGAUUGCACCACUGCACUUCAGUCUGGGUGACAGAGUGAGACUCUGUCUCAAAAAAUAAACAAACACUAAUGGUAUUCCAGGCACGGUGGCUCAUGCCUGUAAUCCGAGCACUUUUGGAGGCGGAGGUGGGCCUCCUGAGCUUGAGCCCAGGAUUGAGGCCAGCUUAGGCAGCAUGGAGAAAUGCCAUCUCUACAAAAAAACACAGUUAGCUGCAUGUGGUAGCACGCACCUGUAAUCUCACUCAGGAGGCUGAGGCAGGUGAAUCACUGAGCCUGGGAGGUCAAGGCCACAGUGAGUCGUGAUUGUGCCACUACAUUCCAGCCUGGGCAACACAGCAAGACCCUGUCUCAAAAAAAAUAAUAAUAAUAAUUUCCUAUACUGAUAUAAAACUAAAAAAAAAAAAAAAUACUACAGGUGGAUAUUAUAACUUGGGUGCCUUAGUAUGACAAACAUGUAUUGCUUGCAGUUCUGGAGGCUUGGAAGUCCAGGAUCAAGGUGUCAGCAGAUUUGGUGUCUGGCAAGGGCUUAUUCUCUGGUUAACAGAUGGCAGCCUCUCAUUGUGUACUCACACGGAGGACAGGGAAAACCAGCUCCCUCCACCCUCUUUAGUAAGGACACUAGUCUUCCCCUCCGGAAGGCCCACCUCUUAAUACCAUCACCUCAGGGAUUAGGUUUCAGCGUACACAUUUUUGAGGCAAUACAAAUAUUUAACCCUGGCAUGUACAGCUCCCAGAUUCCAGCCAAGGUCACCAAUGACUGAAAUAUAUAAGUUCCUAUACACCCUUUUUGUUCCACUAAAUGUCAUCUAUCAUUAAUACUUAAAACAAGUCACUUGUACAGGCCAGGCACGGUGGCUCAUGCCUGUAAUCCCAGCACUUUGGGAGGCCAAGGCAGGUGGAUCACCUGAGGUCAGGAUUUCAAGACCGGCCUGGCCAACAUCGCAAAAUGCCGUCUCUACUAAAAAUACAAAAAUUAGCUGAGCGUCGUGGUAGCUGCCUGUAAUCCCAGCUACUUGGGAGGCUAAGGCAGAAUUGCUUGAACACGGGAGUCAGAGGCUGCCGUGAGCUGAGAUCGUGCCACUGCACUCUCAGCCUGGGUGACAGAGCAAGACUCUAUCUCAAAAAAACAAACAACAACAACAACAACAAAAAACAAGCUCCCUACCCUCCUAUCUGUGUCCUGCAGAGGUGACUCACCCCACUUUUGUAAGAAGCAAGGCUGGGCUUGUCCAUAGGCCCCUGAGCCUGGGCCGCCUGUGCAGUGGCUGGGAAAGCCAAGCCACUUCCUCAGUGGCCUGUCUCCUGAAGUUUGCUCUUCUUCUCAGUGAUUCUGCAGACACUGUAAGGCCCCUACUCACGGGAUUGGAGCAAGAUGUUUAUCUGUGGGGUGUGUCCUGGACAUGGGAUUGAGGGCCCAAAAGUCCAGGCAUAUUUAGGACAAAAGACUUCUGUCCCCUGACUCCCAGGGCCUCUCCAUCCAGGCAGAUGUCCUCUUGCCUUUCAGAAUCCCCGUGCCAACCUUUCAACCCCCUGAGCAUCCCCGAACUCACCAUGUGUGUCCACGUAAUUACUUUUCCUACUUACCUCAUUGCUGUCCGUAAACUUCUCUCCUUCCCAGCUCCACAAAAACCUUCUCAUAUUUUAUCUCAGUGUGCAAAGGUGGCCAAUUGUGUUCAGUUGAAGUAUUUUCUCGUUGUCAUUAAGACCAUGUAUUCCUGUCUAGACCCUAGUAAUCCCCUUAUGCCCUACCUCUGACCAACUUGCCUCUCAGGGUACCGGUUUUCCAGAGAAGUCUCCCUUCUUUCCAACCAGGGCCUUUAAGCCCAACUACAGAGCCUUAUGAAGUUAGAGGUUAGAGACCAUGACACCUACAUUGCCCAUAUUGGCCACCAGGUGGCAGACAAGGAUAAUAUUAAACGUGGGCUGACUUAGGGAGGAGCAGUUUCCUUUCAGUGAACACUGACUGGUGCAUAACGUUGCCACUGCAUCCUGAAAGCAUUUAUUGAGCAAGGCUGCAUGCAUGUCUCUUCAAUUCUGCAGAUGUAGAAUAUGCUUUCCAAGUAUAUGUUCCCAGGAUUACUUAAUAGGUAUUUUUAACAGCUUUAUGGUGAAAUGACUUACAAUUAAAUUUACCUGCCCCUGACCUUUUUUUUUCUUUUUUUCUUUUUUUUUGAGACAAGCCCUCAUGUCACCUAGGCCUGAACGCAGUGGCACAAUCACAGCUCACUGAAGUCUCCACCUCCUGAGCUCAAGCCAUCCCCCACCUCAGCCUCCCAAGUAGCCAGGACUACUGGCAUGCGCCACCAUGACUGGAUAACUUUUUUUUUUUUUUUGUAGAAACGAAGUCUCACCAGGUUGCCCAGCUGGUCUCCAACUCCUAGGAUCAAGUGUCUCCCAAAUUGGUGGGAUUAGAGGCAGGUGUGAACAACUGUGCUUGGCCCAAACUCACCCAUUGGCCCAAAGUUGCUCAGCCUGAAGUAGAUACCACUCUGGGCCGUGUGCAAGGCCGGCAGGUAGGCGUGAAGGGCACAGACCGCCUUGUGAAUGUCUUCCUGGGCAUUCCAUUUGCCCUUCCGCCACUGGGCCCUGACCGGUUCUCAGCCCCACGCCCAGCACAGCCCUGGGAGGGUGUGCGGGAUGUCAGCACUGCGCCCCCAAUGUGCCUGCAAGACGUGGAUAGAAUGAACAACAACAGAUUUAUGCUCAACGGAAAACAUCAGAUCUUCUCUGUUUCGGAGGACUGCCUGGUCCUCAACAUCUACAGCCCAGCUGAGGCCACCACAGGGGCCGGGAGGCCGGUCAUGGUAUGGUUCCAUGGAGGCUCUCUGGUGGUUGGCGCUGCAACCUCCUAUGAUGGAUCGGCCCUGGCUGCCUAUGGGGAUGUGGUCGUGGUUACCGUCCAGUACCGCCUCGGAGUCCUUGGCUUCUUCAGCACUGGGGAUGAGCAUGCACCUGGCAACCAGGGCUUCCUAGAUGUGGUGGCUGCUCUGCGCUGGGUGCAGGGAAACAUCACCCCCUUCGGGGGUGACCUCAACUGUGUCACCGUCUUUGGUGGAUCCGCUGGUGGAAGCAUUGCCUCUGGCCUGGUAAGUCAUGAAAGGGACCUAGCAAUGUGGCCAGGAGGGCUCCUGUGCCCUCAGACCUCCCAGCUCCUCUGCCCUCCUCUGACAGCCACCUGCUCUCUCCACUGCACUCAGGUCCUGUCCCCAGUGGCUUCAGGGCUGUUCCACAGAGCCAUCACACAGAGCGGGGUCAUCACCAUCCCAGGGAUAAUGAAGUCUCACCCCUGGCCCCUAGCUCAGAACAUUGCAAACUCCAUGGCCUGCAGCUCCAGCUCCCCGGCUGAGAUGGUGCAGUGCCUUCGGCAGAAGGAAGGAGAAGAGCUAGUCCUUAGCAAGAAGCUGAAAACUACUAUAUAUCCUUUCACCAUCGAUGGCACUGUCUUCCCCAAAAGCCCCAAGGAGCUCCUGAAGGAGAAGCACUUCCACUCGGUGCCCUUCCUCAUGGGUGUCAAUAACCAUGAAUUCAGCUGGCUCAUCCCCAGGGGCUGGGGUCUCCUGGAUACAAUGGAACAGAUGAGCCGGGAGGACAUGCUGGCCAUCUUGACACCCUACUUGACCAGUAUGGAUGUGCCCCCUGAGAUGAUGCCCACCAUCAUAGAUGAAUACCUAGGCAGUGACUUGGAUCCACAAGCCAAACGCCAGGCCUUCCAGGAAUUGAUGGGUGACAUGCUCUUAAAUGUGCCUACUUUCACUUUUUCAAGACAUCUUCAAGAUGCUGGAAGCCCUGUCUUUUUCUAUGAGUUCCAGCAUCGACCUAGUUCUUUUGCAAAGAUCAAGCCCGCCUGGGUGAAGGCUGAUCAUGGGGCCGAGACUGCUUUUGUGUUUGGAGGUCCCUUCCUCACGGAUGAAAGCUCCCUCCUGGCCUUUCCAGAGGCCACAGAAGAGGAGAAGCAGCUAAGCCUCACCAUGAUGGCCCAGUGGACCCACUUCGCCCGGACAGGGUUGCCAUCACUCCUGCCCACGGCAGGAGCUCUCUGGAGCAUGAGGUGGAUUCUGUGUUCAAGCCUCAUCCUCUGCCUGAUGACAUGGACGGCCCUAGGUGCCUUGCACACCAAGAAGCCUCAAGUGGUUACUAAAUAUGGAACCUUGCAAGGAAAACAUAUGUAUGUGGAGAAGACACCCAUCCAAGUCUUCUUAGGAGUGCCCUUCUCCAGACCUCCUCUAGGUGACGGCAGGUUUGCCCCUCCAGAACCCCUGGAGCCCUGGCAAGGAACCAGAGAUGCUACCACCUACCCGCCUGCGUGCCUGCAGGAGUCCUGGGGCCAGAUGGCCUCCAUAUACAUCAACACACGGAAACGGUACAAAUUGCUGCGCUUCAGCGAGGACUGUCUGUACCUGAACGUGUACGCGCCAAUGCGCGAGCCCGGGGACCCCCCGCUGCCGGUCAUGGUCUGGUUCCCGGGAGGCGCCUUCGUCGUGGGCGCCGCGUCUUCGUACGAGGGCUCUUACUUGGCCGCCCGCGAGAAAGUGGUGCUGGUGUUUCUGCAGUACAGGCUCGGUGUCUUCGGUUUCCUGAGCACGGACGACAGCCAUGCGCGCGGGAACUGGGGGCUGCUGGACCAGAUGGCGGCUCUGCGGUGGGUGCAGGAGAACAUCGCGGCCUUCGGGGGAGACCCAGGAAAUGUGACGCUGUUCGGCCAGUCGGCGGGAGCCAUGUGCAUCUCAGGACUGAUGAUGUCACCCCUAGCCUCAGGUCUCUUCCAUCGGGCCAUUACCCAGAGUGGUACUGCGUUAUUCAAACUUUUCAUCACUCCUAACCCACUGAAAGUGGCCAAGAAGGUUGCCCACCUGGCUGGAUGCAACUGCAACAGCACACAAAUCCUGGUCAACUGCCUAAGGGCACUAUCAGCGGCCAAGGUCAUGCGUGUGUCCGAGAAGAUGAGAUUCUUCCAGUUGAAUUUCCAGAGAGACCCUGAAGAGACUAUCUGGCUCAUGAGCCCUGUGGUGGAUGGUGUGGUGUUGCCAGAUGACCCUUUGGUGCUCCUGACCCAGGGGCAGAUUUCAUCUGUGCCCUACCUUCUGGGUAUCAACAACCUGGAGUUCAGUUGGCUCGUGCCUUAUAUCAUGAAGUUCCCGCUAAACCGGCAGGUGAUGAGAAAGGAAACCAUCGCCAGGAUGCUGUGGAGUACCCGCACCCUGUUGAAUAUCACCAAGGAGCAGAUACCACUUGUGGUGGAGGAGUACAUGGACAACACCAAUGAGCAUGAUUGGAAGAUGCUACGAAACCGUAUGAUGGACAUAGUUGAAGAUGCCGCUUUCAUGUAUGCCACGCUGAAGACUGCCCACUACCACCGAGAUGCCGGCCUCCCUGUCUACCUGUAUGAAUUUGAGCGCUACGCUUGUGGAAUGAUCGUCAAACCCCGCACUGAUGGGGCGGACCAUGGGGAUGAGAUGUACUUCCUCUUCGGGGGCCCCUUCGCCACAGGUCUUUCCACGGGUAAGGAGAAGGCGCUUAGCCUCCGGAUGAUGAAAUACUGGGCCAACUUUGCCCGCACAGGAAACCCCAAUGAUGGGAAUCUGCCCUGCUGGCCACGCUACGACAAGGAUGAAAAGUACCUGCAGCUGGAUUUUACCACGAGCGUGGGAAAGAAGCUCAAGGAGAAGAAGAUGGCUUUUUGGAUGAGUCUGUACCAGUCUCAAAGAUCUGAGAAGCAGAGGCAAUUCUGAGGGUGGCUAUGCAGGAAGGAGCCAAAGAAGCAUUUGCCCCACCACCCAGGCCCUGGGGAGACUGGCCAUGGACAUACCUAGGACAAGAGUUCUGCCCAUCCCAAUUUAGAACGUUGCCUCCCUGCUGCCUCCAGGCCAGAGCAAGAGCUUUUGCCUGUUAUGUGGGGCCUGUACCACCCUCUCCAGCCUGACAUCCCAUGAUGCCCCUACCUCACUGUUGACAUCCGGUUAGGCCAGGCCCUGUCAACAACAUGCUGUGCCCAACUCUCCAGCCUCAGACAACCUCUUUUUUCCCUUCUUCAAAUCCUCCCACCAUUCAGUGUCUCCUUGUAGCUCCUUCUUAUGGGGGGUCAACCCAGACUGCCACUGCCCCUGUCCCUGCACCCAGCUUGGCAUUUACCGUCCAUCCUGCUCAACCUCAUGCCUGCCUGUUCACAUUGGCCUGGAGGCCUUGGGCAAGUUAUCUGUGACAUGGAGCAAACUUUUGAGAGUUUGAGAUCUUCUCUCCCACCCACACUUAUCUCCCCCAGGACUACUCCAAAGUCUAUACACAGGGAUGGUCUCAAUAAAGAAGUGUUGAUU